CUUUUUGUGCAGCAACUUUCAAAGACUUGGCAUGCAAGACUAAGCGUUCAAGGAUGCAUGUCUUGAAGGUUGUAGCUCUUUUUAUUUGUCUCUUGUCUGCUGCAUUGCAGACCAGAGCUCAAGGAGCUUAUAGUGGAGGCAGCUACUGCAAUAAUGCUACAGAUCCUGCAUGUUUUGCUAACUGCCCAACUUACACUGAGGAAGCUGGUCCUACCAAAAUACUAGAAAAGGGUCUAUUUAUCAGUGACAAUGACGUGAAUGAGUUAUUCCUGAUGCAGUCUGCAAUAGUUGAAGUCUUUUCUGAUACAGCAGAUUUUAAUGCCAUUGAUCUCAAUGCAACAUAUCUACCUGAGGGCCUAACUCAACAAACAAUGAUCACAACAGAGAAUAGGUUGGACAUUAAAGUUCUAACUAUUGAAGGAGAGGCCUCUGUACUGGAGUAUCAAGAAAUCCUACGCAAUGUCACAUUCUUCAUUAAUUCCACGGAGCCUGAUAGCACCAAUAGGACUAUAUGCUUCAGUAUAUUUGAUGGGAUACAUCACAGCAGUGCUGCCUGUGUAGUCCUAAGAAUAAUACUCUUGAAUGAUAAUCCUCCAUCAAUUGUGAAUGCCACUGGGCUGGGAGAGCCCUAUGUUGAAGGAUCUGGUGGUGUAGGAUUAUUGGAGGCUCUCAAUAUUACUGAUGAUGAUGAUCCUACACUAUUCCUAAUGGAGGGAGCUAGUAUCAAUGUACUGAACUUGUGCAAUUCAAUUUCAGAUGAAAUACUAGUUGAUACCAGUGGUACUAACAUUGUGAUAGAUCGAGAUGGGCCUUGCCUAAUCCUAUCUGGCAAUGACACCAUUGCUAAUUAUACUCAAGUCCUACUGUCAGCAAGAUAUAAUAAUACUGAAGACGAGCCUGAUAUCACUGAUAGGACUAUAGAGUUUUUAAUUUAUGAUGGAAGAUAUAAUGCAUCUUUUAAUGUUUCAAUAUCAUCUGUACCUAUAAAUGAUCAUCCAACUGUGGUUCAAUUCGCAGACAAUGUAGCAAAUUUAAGUGAGGCUAAUUCUUCAAGCAUUUUAGGCGCUCUAUCUCCAAUAACUUUAACUGAUUCUGAUACUAAUGUUCCUGUAUAUGUGAACAGUGCUAGGAUUGAGAUACUUGAUCCUUCCAGUGGAGAAGAGUUCUUGGAAUUUAUUGGGAGCUCUAACAUCAGUGUACAUGUUAACAAUUCAUGCAUUCUUAUUAAUGGCACUGAGACUUUGGAUAAAUAUGAAUCACUGAUUAAUAAUACUAUAGUCUACAUUAUUAAUGAUGAACCACCUUGUCCUCUUGAUAGGAACAUUAAAAUUACCAUCAAUGAUGAUAGAUAUGCUAUUUUAACAGUAUCACUGAUUCCUAUCAAUAACAAACGUCCAAUACUUAACAGUGUAUCUCCAGUUAUCUUCACUGAGAAUGACAUGCAGUUCUAUCCAUUUCAGUCACUCAAUAUUACCGAUCAUGACAACUAUUGCCUGCAGUAUGGAGGUGUUAUAGGAAUGGCUGUGGCUACUCUAAGGAAUGUUCUUGUCAAUGAGUCUUUGAUGCUUCAUUCUCAAGCAGAAUGGCUGCAUUAUUCUCCAAUCGCCUGUAAUAUCCCCACUCCUCAAUUGCCCAACCCUAAUGAAGUUGAACUUUUGAAUGAUAAUGCUACACUGUAUUACUACUACUGUAGUGCUAAUGAUACUGAAAUUAGAAUUAUUGGAACGGCAAGUAUCAGCCAAUAUGAGAAUUUAUUGAGAAUGGUCCACUAUUACUACUCAUUUGAACCAACAGAAAUUGCAAGAUCACUUGAACUCCAAGUAUCUGAUCUAUCCUUCAAUAACUUAUUGAAUAUUACUGUUGCCAUUAACCUCAUUAACGAUGAGCCUCCAUUUGUCUCCACUGACCAGUCCCUAUUCACUUUCACAGAAGAACCUAACAGCCUACCAGUGGUACCAGUGUCCAUAGUCUCCCCAUCGGCAACCAUACUGGACAACGACAGGCUUGAUGACAACCACAGGGUUGUCUCCCAAGUCUGUGCCUCCAUUAAUAACGUCUUCUCAGGUGACGAGCUGUUCUUUGAUCUCGAGAAUGACAACAGUUCGGCAAAUUAUAUACUCAAUGAGACGGAGACUGAAGUCUGUGUCAAUUUCAGUUCUUGUGCUUUUGCUAAUACUUCUUGCUUUACUACACUCUUGAUGGGUUUUAUGUAUGAUAAUAUUGAAGACGAACCAGAUCUGACCCCCAGGAAUAUUACAUUAACUGCAAUUGAUGAUACAGCAAACCUUGAGAGGUCUAUUGUCAUCAUGGUAGCCAUCACCCCCAUUAAUGAUCAUCAGCAUUAUCUCAUAUUGGAUGGAACUAACAAUAAUAAUGAUAGUGUUGUUGUUUUUAAGGAAGAUGAUCAACCAGUUUUAUUGACUAGCAGUCCAAGAGUUGUUGAUAUUGAUGUUGGUCAGAAGAACUUUACAUCAGCAACCAUCACUAUAUUAGACGCUGAUUAUCAAUAUGAUACUAUAUCACUAAACACAACAAUGGUAUCCCAGUAUGGCUUGGUUCUCUCCAACACUUCCACUUCAACAUACAUCCUAAUAGAAGGAUCAGCCACUCAGUCUGCCUAUGCUCAUGUUCUCUCUACAGUAACAUUCAUUAACACUGAUGAUGAGCCUACCCCACGCGACCGGAGUAUCAAUAGGAUUGUGGAUUUUGAAGUUUCCGAUGACAGUUUCACUGACACAUCAAUAGCAAACAUAACUUUGAUGCCAGUUAAUGAUAUUCCUACUCUCAGCGUACCUGAUGUCACCUUUAAUGAAUCCACUCGUGACCCUGUCUAUCUCUUCCCUCCUGAUGUAGCUAUUGAUGACAGUGACGAUGAAAUUAUAGAAUUUGCUAGGGUCAGGAUAGAAUCUCCAUACGACAGUAUGGAUAAUUUAACUAUACAUGGCACAACGGACCUCACCAUUACUACUCAGACUAUAACAGAUCCUGCUCCAACUCCUUCUGUAUGUUCACCAGCUGUGAAUGAGUACACAAUUCAACAGAUCAGUAUGACGGGACCUUUAAAUAAAACAGAUUUUAACUAUGCAUUGAGUAAUAUUACCUUUUCUAAUUAUUGUCCUGGACUGCUGACAAGCAGAAGAAGAGUCUCCAUAAUCCUUUUUGAUGAGAUGAUGGGUUUUAGCCCAAUUUCUAUGUACAUCAAUAUUGCUACUGUUGAUGAUCCUCCCUAUUGCUACUUCGGAUCAUGGCCAGGAGUGACUACCAGUUCUGCUGUAUAUAGUGAGUAUGAUCCUCCAGUAAGUAUUGCUGCUGAUUUCACCAUCCAGGACUUUGAUGGUCCUCAUUACCUACACAAUAUAACACUGGAGGUCACUAAUCUAGAUAAUGGAAACAGUGAAGUACUCAGUUUCAAUACUACUGGAACAAAUAUCAGCUAUCGUGAAACAAGGAGCUUGUUUGCAGCCACCUAUAUUCUAACUGGCUAUGACACAUUUGAUAACUACACUAAGGUCUUGAGAACGCUAACGUACGUCAACAACAUCAUGAAUCCCUAUGACCAGCGGAACCGUCUCAUUAGGAUCAUGCAUCCUGAUCCUACCUUCAAUCCUUGUCAAAUCAGCAUAGACGUCAUAAACAUUAAUGUACCUCCAGUCAUAACACUGGAUCAUCAUGUUACCUACAUAGAGGAUCAGGGACCGUUGCUUGCUAGCAAUACAACCAUUGAUAUAACUGAUGAGGACAAUGGCCGCUUGAUUCGAGCUAUGAUUUACAUUUCUAACUCUCCAACUGAGUUUGGUUCUAUCACUGAUUCCCUUACCAUUGGUUCUGGUUUCACCAGUGGGGGUUUAAGCAUCACUGGUAAUGGUACUAACAGUAUAACAGCAGUGGCCGCAGUUUCUCAGUUACAUUCAGUUUUUGAGUCUCUUUUAAGUAACAUUUUUUUCGAAACGAAUGACCAAUCAACCAAUAUCACUCGUAACUUAACAAUGACUGUUCAAGAGUUUGCUAAUGACCCUAGUCAACCUGCUGUCAUUCCAAUAUACAUUGAACAACGAAACGACCGACCUGUAUUUAUCAGUGACCCAUUGAUGACAACAGCAACUCUGGACGACUACCUUCCUGAUAACAACGGCUUUGCUACUACCUCUCUUUUAAACAGAAGCGUGGUCAGUGAUCCUGAUUCUAUCUACCCACCUAAUCCUGACUUCGUUGGCAUGGCUAUCUUCGAUUACAGCAUGAGUAAUCCCUCUCUUGGUGUCUGGCAGACCUGGUAUAAUGGCUCAUGGGUUAACUUCACUACUGUUAGUGCCUGUAGCCCACUUUUCAUCUCUCAAGGACAAUGGCUAAGAUUCCACCCUUUUCCAAGGCUAGAGAAAGAGAAUGGAGAUGCAAGCAUCACCUAUUGGGCUUGGGAUGGUACUAGUACUGUCACAUGUAACAAUAACUCUGUUAGGACUGAUGUGGAAUCUCCUGUCAGUAACACUUCAAAUAGUAGAUUCCUUUCCUCUUCCUUCUAUUACUGA